AUGAAGGGCUGUCGGCUGGGGUGGGCGCUGUCGUGGCUACUUCUCCUCGACUCUGCGCAGCUGUGCGCCAGCUGGACGCCCGCUGAGGGCGCAAGCGUAAAUGCCUUUGCCCGCAAGUACAGCCAGCCAAAUUGCCGCGUCCUGGACGUCGGCGGCAGGGUCAUCCAAGGCGGCCCGAGGAAGACGUUCGAGGCGCGAGGGUGCAACUACACCUCGAUGGACAUCGAGGCCCAUUCGAGCGUCGACGUGGUGUACACGCCCGGCUCGCCCUUCCCGUUCUCGGACGGCGCUUUCGACGUGUCCAUCACGGUGAGCACGUUCGAGCACGACCCCAUGUUCUGGUUGACGAUCCGCGAGAUGGCCCGCAUCACGCGGCUCGGCGGGCACGUCUUCUGCCUUACGCCGAGUACGGGGCAGUACCACGCGCACCCGGGCGACAAUUACCGCUUCCUUCCCGAUGCGGGAGCGGCGCUCGCGUUCUGGAUAGGCCUCGACCUCCACGGGUUGCCGUCGUACCCGCUGCAGCUGCUCGACGUUUACUUGCUUCGCGGCACCCUACACGAGAGCUGCAUGACGUUCCUUCGUACCACGGAGCCGGCGGUCGCGAGCACCCUGCCCGAUCUCGGGAUGCAGUGCGUAAAGGGCUCCCUGAUGAGCGGCACCUGCCACAACAUCACCCAUGCAGUGGCCCACAACGCAUACAACGAACAUGGAAGGCCGCACCAGGGAGCUCAGCGGCUGGAGGGUCUUCGAGACUUUGUUGGGGCUCUCCCAACGGUCACGACGGGCAGCUCACCUGGCCGACGCGCGCCGCGCGCGCUACACAUUGGAGGCGUGGGGCCCCAAUCCGCAGAGGUGCAUUCCGCGACAGCACUGCUGGCGGGUCAUGGGUACGUGUUCGAUCUGCGUGACGCGAGACUUGGCUCCGGUGGCCGUGGCAAACGCAGGCAUGCCUCGCAUGCUUACCAGAUCCCGUCCCGCACGGGCGAGUUCGAUCUGAGUGUGGCCAUCUCGACCCUCGAGCAUGACCCUCUCUGGUGGAUGACCGUGCGGGAGAUGGCGCGCGUCACCAAGGUGGGCGGGCAUGUCUACGUGAGCGUCGUCAGCACAGGGCCGUACCAGCCCGCGCCUGGUGACGCGUUUCGCUUCAUGGCCGACUCCCCUGCCGCGAUCGCCUUCUGGACGGGCAGGCCACUGGGAUCGGCUCCAGCGUAUCCGCUCCGCGUACACAAGUCGAGGCUGCUAGAAGGGAAGCCGUACCACCAAUUCAGCAACCCCACGGGGACAAGCACGCUGGAGAUGGUCUUUGCGAGAGUGGAGGACCCGAGCUUAUACUUCACAUGCAAAGAUGUGGCGAGGAAGGAGCGCGGGGGUGCCUGCUAG